UCCGUGGAGGCCGAGGAGGCCGUGGAGACCCUGGAGGCGGAGGCCGCCGGGCUGCCCUACGAGCAGAUGCCCGGGCCCACGCCGCUGCCGCUCAUCGGGAACACGUGGAGGCUGCUGCCCGUCGUCGGCCAGUACCAAGUGUCGGACCUGGCGCGCGUGUCCGGGCUGCUGCACCGGGAGUACGGCGACAUCGUCAAGCUGUCCAACCUGGUGGGCCGGCCGGACCUGGUGUUCGUGUUCGACGCGGACGAGACCGAGAAGGUGUACCGCCAGGAGGGCCCCACGCCCUUCCGGCCCGCCAUGCCCUGCAUCGUGAGGUACAAGUCGGACGUGCGGAAGGACUUCUUCGGCUACCUGGCGGGCGUCGUCGGCGUGCACGGCGAGGCCUGGCGCGAGUUUCGGUCGCGCGUCCAGCGGCCCUGCCUGCAGCCCAAGACGGUGCGGACCUACAUCGGCCCCAUCGAGGACGUCACCAACUGCUUCCUGCAGAGAAUGCAAGACAUGCGGGAUGAGAACGGGGAGAUGCCGAAGGACUUCGACAACGAGAUUCACAAAUGGUCUUUAGAGUGCAUCGGGCGCGUGGCCCUGGACACCCGACUGGGCUGCCUGGACCCCGACCUGCCUGCCGACUCGGAGCCCCAGAAGAUCAUCGACGCCGCCAAGUUCGCGCUGCGCAACGUGGCCGUGCUGGAGCUCAAGUUCCCCUUCUGGCGGUACAUCCCCGUCAUCCCGCUCUGGACGCACUACGUCAAGAACAUGAACUACUUCAUCGAGGUGUGCACCAAGCACAUCGACCGCGCCAUGGAGCGCCUGGAGCAGAAGCAGGCGGCCCAGGGCGCGUCGGCCGACGGCGACCUGUCCGUCGUGGAGCGCAUCCUGGCCGAGCAGCCGGACCGCAAGCUGGCCUACGUGCUCGCGCUGGACCUCAUCCUCGUCGGCAUCGACACGAUCUCCAUGGCGGUGUGCUCCAUCCUAUACCAGCUGGCCACGCGGCCCGAGGUCCAGGAAAAGAUGCACGCCGAGCUGGUGCGGGUGCUGCCGGACCCCGACACGCCGCUCACGGCGCAGCACCUUGACCAGCUGCCUUACACCAAGGGCUUCGUCAGGGAGGUGCUCAGGAUGUACUCCACGGUGAUCGGCAAUGGCCGGACGCUGCAGCGCGACACCACCAUCUGCGGCUACCGAGUGCCCAAGGGGGUGCAGCUGGUGUUCCCGACCGUGGUGACGGGCAACAUGGCGCGGUACGCGGGCCGCGCCGACGAGUUCCUGCCGGAGCGCUGGAUGAAGAACCACGACCCCUCGCUCGACGUGCACCCCUUCGCCUCGCAACCCUACGGCCACGGCGCCAGGAUGUGCCUCGGCCGGCGCUUCGCCGACCUGGAGAUGCACGUCCUGCUCGCCAAGCUUGUCCGCCGCUUUAGGCUGGAGUACCACCACAAGCCCCUGGACUACCAGGUGACGUUCAUGUACGCCCCGGACGGCGAGCUGCGCUUCAAGAUGGUGGAGCGAGACUGAGACAGCAAAGCAAAGCUAUGUUUUUUUGUAUGUCCUAAAUAAAUGUUUUCUGUAUAUUGUUAAA